AUGGAGAUCAAAGUGGAGGUGGUGGAGUCGAUGCUGGUGGUACCCAGCGAGGAGACGCCGCGGUUGGGGCUGUGGCUCUCCAACUUCGACGUCACCGCCUCGAUGACGUACACGUCGCUUGUAUACUACUACCCUGCUCCGACUAUUGGCGGCGAGGGUUUUUUCUCGCCGGAGCGGCUCAGGGCAGCGUUGGCCAAGGCUCUGGUGCUGUUCUACCCGCUCGCCGGGCGGCUCGGCAUGGACGAGGGCGGGCGGCUGCAGAUCGACUGCCGUGGUGAGGGCGCGUUGUUCCUCGUCGCAACAGCUGACUGUGCCGGGGAGGACAUCUUCAAGAACUACAUGCCCUCGCCAAAUAUCAAGCGCAUGUUCAUUCCGGCUGCCGACCCGACCGGCAUUAUGUCCAUGUUUCAGGUGACCUUCCUCAAGUGCGGCGGAGUGGUGCUGGGCACGGGGAUCCACCACGUUCUGAUGGACGGCACGGGCGCCUUCCACUUCAUCCAGACGUGGUCCGGCUUGGCGCGUGGCCAGGCAUGCCCUUGCCCGCCCUCCCACGACCGCACGCUCCUCCGCGGCCGCUCGCCGCCGCGCGCUGACUUGGACCAUCGGGCCUACUCCUCGGCGUACCUCAACGGCGUCCCCCGCCCUUGGGCUACGCUCGUCUGCUCCGUCUCGCCCAAGCUCCUCGCCCACCUCAAGUCUCGGUGCAAGCCUGGUGUGUCCAACUAUGGUGCUGUCACCGCGCACCUCUGGCGUUGCGUGUGCGUCGCCCGCGGGCUUGCGCCGGGCUCUGACACACACCUCCGCGUCACGGUCAACGCCCGCCACCGCAUGUGCCCGCCGGUGCCCCGCCACUUCUCCGGCAACGCCAUCGUGCGCGAGCUCGUCACCAUCAAGGUGGCCGAUGUUCUGGCCCAGCCAUUGGGGUACGUGGCCGACACCGUCAGGAAGGCGGUUGAUGGCGUUGACGACGCGUGGGUGCGGUCCGUCAUCGACUACCUGGGGAUAGAGUCUGACAAGGGAAGCUUGCACCAGCCAUGGCUGCUCCAGGCGGAGUCAGACUUGUUGGUCACGAGCUGGCUGGGGUUACCCGUGUACGACGCCGAUUUCGGCUGGGGAACACCGCAGCUGGUUGCGCCCGUACAGAUGUUCGGCACCGGCGGGGCGUACGUCUCGCCGCGCGCCGCCAGGGAGGACGGCAUUCUCGUCUUCUUUGCGUUGGAGCCCAAAUAUGUGGAGUGCUUUGAGGACGCCUUCUACAACCACUAA